CUGAAUAAGACACGUCUGGUGUUAUUUGAAAUUAAAUAUUAUAUUCUCUCUCUCUGUGUUGUACCCCGACAACUACGCCGCGUAUGUGUCAUAUACGACGUCGUACAGACAAAAACAGUCAAAUUGCCCACUGUUUUAUAAUAAUAAUAUUUAUUUUCUUUUUAAAUACAACUCAGUGAAUGUAGAGCUCUGACUCGGAAAAUAUACAUGUUGAAAAAUCUAAAUAAGUGAAAAAAAAAAUUAAAUUAAAAUAAAAUAAAAAAUUCACAAAAUCAAAUCAAUCGUUCCUAAAUGAAAAAUAAACACAGGAAAAAAAUAUGAGAAAUGAUCAACAAAGUGCACUAUUAAUGGAUUAUCUACUGACAAAGCAAGAAAUUACAGCGAAUCCAUUAGAGAAGGCAACAACUGCCAAGACAAGACGUAAAACGCAUUACAUUAAAAAGAUCCUACAAUUAAACGUGGACUACAUGAAUUCAAUGCACGACCGUACGAUUGAGCAUCUAAACGGGAUUAUGAAACGGAAAACCGACCGCUUACCAAAACUCAAAAUGUCUGCUGGAACACAACUGCAAAUGGCACCACAAACAACGUUAGUCACACAACAACAGCCGGGUGUCACUAAUCAGAAUCACUAUUCGCAGCCACAGUCAGUAGUGCAUCACCAUCAUCAAUUGCAUUUGCACGCAUCGACACCAAACCAAAACAAUUCAGGACAAGCGACGCCCCAUCAUCUGUUGAAUCCGGCGGCGGCGGCGGCGGCGACGCAUCACAACAACCAAGACUCGAACAUGAGUACGGGCUCGUCACACAGUGAUAAAGAGUUAGAGACUGUCACACCUGUCAUGCCGCCCGGCAUUACGCCCGAGAAGCUUCAGCGGGCGCCCGUGGAGCGAAAACGGAAACGAAAAGCAGCCGACGACAGCGGCGGUCCCGGCGGCGGAGUCUUGCGAGAUGGGCAUCCCACAAAGGGGGCACGUGUGUCAGUCAUGAACGACGGCAAGAAAAUCAACGACUUUUUCCCGAAACACGCCGCCAAUAGUCCGGUGCGACAACCGUCGGGCGGCGGCACCAAAAGCCCCUCGUCGCAACACGGCAACUACAUGAUGUUUCCACCUAGUCCACAGGCGAUGUCCGUGCAGGCGGCGCCUCCCUUCUUCAAGCCUAGUAAUACUUCCAACAUUGUUCCUCAGCAGGUUGCGACGCAGCUCCAAUCGCCCAUCACGCCCACAUCGGGAUCCGCACUAAAUCACCUGUCGUCCGACCAAUCGUCGCAGCAGCAGCAGCAACAGCAGCAACAGAACCAACAACAGUCACAACAAACGAAUCCCCAUUGCACGAACAAUUCCGUGUCGCUUGUCAACGUGAGCAACGAUGCGCUGCGAACCAAUGUCGUUGCCGCGAGUCAAGCCAGCCAAAAUCUCGCAAGUCCCCAAACGCCAAAUCCGGUAGUGUCGCAUGUCGCGUCUCCCAUCAUGUUGUCAAAAUCCGUGCAAACGGACAUCAGUUUGUCCGACAUGAGUGAUCGCGACACCGAUAGCGAGUCGAGCAAAAACAAGGUGGAUGAGCUCACGCGACAGUCUGACGAGCAAAAGUGUCAGAUAACGACGCACCUCAAGGUGAUCGAGCAGCAUAAGAAUCAUAUAAAUAAGUGUAUAGACGUUGUUAAGAAGUUGUUAAAGCAAAAGAGCAAUAUUGAGAAGAAGGAGGCGCGGCAAAAGUGCAUGCAGAAUCGCCUGAGACUCGGGCAAUUCGUGACGCAACGCGUUGGCGCCACUUUCCAGGAGAAUUGGACUGACGGAUACGCAUUUCAGGAAUUAGCAAAACGUCAGGAGGAAAUAACUGCCGAACGCGAAGAAAUUGACAGACAGAAGAAGCUGCUCAUGAAGAAACGGCCUACGAAUCAGGAAGGUGGCAGAAAACGCAGCGGCUCUGCCUCCACGAAUGCCAAUGCCAGUACUUCCGGCGGCAAUUUGCACAACGGGAGUGACGCGACGUUCCUCAAACCAGAUCCUGUAUCAAAUACUUCAACAUUUACUCUGCAAGAGUAUUACGAAUGUGAUGAAAUCCUCAAAUUGCGGCAGAAUGCGCUGAAAAAGGAGGAUGCCGAUUUGCAAUUAGAAAUGGAAAAGCUUGAACGUGAACGAAAUCUUCACAUCAGAGAAUUAAAACGGAUCCACAAUGAGGAUCAGUCCCGUUUCAACAACCACCCUGUGUUAAAUGAGCGAUAUUUACUGCUAAUGUUGCUGGGCAAAGGAGGCUUUUCAGAAGUUCACAAGGCAUUCGACCUCAAAGAGCAACGAUAUGUCGCGUGUAAGGUGCAUCAACUAAAUAAAGACUGGAAAGAAGACAAAAAGGCGAAUUAUAUAAAACAUGCUCUUCGAGAAUACAACAUUCACAAGGCGCUCGAUCAUCCCCGUGUCGUGAAAUUGUACGACGUUUUUGAGAUAGACGCGAAUUCUUUUUGUACAGUGUUAGAAUAUUGUGAUGGACAUGAUUUAGAUUUCUAUUUGAAGCAACACAAAACGAUUCCCGAAAAGGAAGCACGAGCGAUCAUCAUGCAGGUUGUUUCAGCUCUCAAGUACCUUAAUGAGAUAAAGCCUCCGAUCAUUCACUACGACCUCAAGCCCGGCAACAUCCUACUGACGGAGGGCAAUGUCUGUGGCGAGAUCAAAAUCACGGAUUUCGGUCUGUCGAAAGUGAUGGACGAGGAAAAUUACAAUCCGGAUCACGGCAUGGACUUAACGUCACAAGGUGCUGGAACGUAUUGGUAUUUGCCGCCAGAAUGUUUUGUAGUUGGUAAGAAUCCACCAAAAAUAUCAUCGAAAGUUGACGUCUGGAGUGUCGGUGUCAUCUUUUAUCAAUGUCUUUAUGGCAAGAAGCCAUUUGGGCAUAACCAAUCACAAGCCACUAUUUUAGAAGAAAAUACAAUUUUGAAGGCGACUGAAGUGCAGUUUGCGAACAAGCCAACUGUCUCGAAUGAAGCAAAGAGUUUCAUCCGCGGUUGCUUGGCAUACCGCAAGGAAGACCGCAUGGAUGUCUUUGCGCUGUCACGCCACGAAUACAUUCAACCACCGUUACCGAAGCACGGACGGCAAUCCAAUCAGCAAGCGCAGCAACAAAGUCAGUCGGCAAGCGGCAGCAGCGCCAACCAAUCGGGCAGUACAAGUAGCGGCAUCCAAAGCGGAAGUGCUCAACAAACCUCAUUCUCGACCGGCAUGUUUGGUACCAUGAACCAAUCGAGUUCGUCUUAGCUGUCGCACUCCAAGCGAAACAGCAGCAACAGUAUGUAGAUCAAGAAUUUUCACACACAAAAAAUGAUGAAAAAAGCUCAAUUUCGUGAUAAAUCCGCGCGCGCGCCGCUUAUUAGUCAAAAAACAAAAAAAAAAGUAGUUAGAAUUUGUACUACGCUCUUUAUCUACAUACUGUCUUCGUUACAUACCAGUAUCAUCGUCAUCAUCGUUAAGAGAUGCAUGCAAUUUUUUAUUUCUUCUACUAAUUUAGUCAAAUGUUGAGUCUCGACACUGUCGAUUGACGACGAAUGAUUUGCAUUUGACUAAAUCCAGAACGACAAACAUUUUCAGACAAAUGCAUAGGAACGCCGAGAACGAGAAAAAAGACAAAAUUUUGAGAGAAAAACAUAUACUUACAAUCCUAUAUGAAAGAAAAAAAAACGUUAGAGAAUCAGUGAUAUGCUAAAGAAAAAUACACAAAUCAGUCAAAUAGUUCCACGACUGAACUGUUACUUCCUUUUUAAUUUUUUGUAUAAGCAUGUAAAUUGAAGGCAUGUUAAAAAAAACACACAAUGAACGUUCACAUGAAAUUUAAAUAAAUGCUUCGUAAAAUAACUUCGUGUAAAUAUUACUACAAUAUUAUUAUUAUGUUUAUAAAUGAGAAAAGAAAAAUUAAAAUUACAACAACAACAAAAAG